AAGAGUUUUUACUUCUUAGACAGAGAGACAGGCAUGGAGGGGAUUGAUCAUAGGAUUGUGAGAGCCAAUGGCAUCAAAAUGCACAUAGCAGAAAAAGGACAAGGCUCGGUAGUACUAUUCCUCCAUGUCUUCCUUGAGCUUUGGCACUACUGGCGCCACCAGAUUCGUGCUUUGAGCUCACUUGGAUACCAUGCUGUAGCACCAGAUCUCCGGGGCUUCGGUGACACUGAAGCACCAACUUCCAUCACCAACUACACCUAUGAUCACAUUGUCAAUGACCUUGUUGCUCUCAUUGACUCUCUGAGUGUGGAGCAAGUGUUUCUUGUGGCACAUGAUUGGGGAGCCAUCAUGGGUUGGUACUUGUGCUUGUUUAAGCCUGAAAGAGUGAAGGCAUUUGUGUGCCUUAGUGUUCCAUUCACGCCAAGUCUUCCUUAUACUGACUUUGGCCUCGGAGAUGUUGUGGCAGGCACCACACCAGUGACCACCUCAAGGGAGCCAUCUUACCAUAUUUGCAAAGACGCAGACGAGGACUCAACUCCAUCUAGAUGCACUUACAAAUACUGA